UUACUCGAGUGUGUAUGUCGGGAAGAUAAGUGCCAGUUAAACUACCCAAACACCUGAUUGAUAUGUCUUAAAACCCGCAGCUGCCUGCUAUUGGUUGUCUAAACUUUUAAAUAGACCAGAUAGAAGAGAAGCCAUCCCACUCAGGAUAGCUAACAGUGGUGGCACACGCUUGGCACAGACGUAAAAUUAGAAAGCAGACGAGAACUGGAACAGCAGACGUGAAAUCAGAGAGCAGACGUGUAGGUGAGGCGCAGACGUGAAACAAGAGAGCAGGCGACAGGCAGAAGGAAAAGGGAAUUCAACAUGGAGAUAAAUGGUGUCCAGAGACCAAAUUUGCCGAAAGGGUAUCUGGGUCCUCAGCAGAAGUUCCAACCAUAUUGCCUGUCGACUUUGAGCCACAACAACCCGGAAAUUGAGCUCGAUGACAAUGAGGUUGUGAUCAAAAUCAAGGCCGGCCAGCCCACCAAAGUCACUGCAAAUCUUAUCAAUAUUACAACUCAGGCCCAGUACAAAGAUUGCAUCUUUCAUCAAACCGACGACGACACCGUAUCUUUCACUAUCAGCAUACCAGAACCUGGGUUUUACAAGUUCCAGAUUUAUGCCUUGCCGGCGUCUGAAGACAGUAAGACCCUGUAUGGAGUGUACAACUAUCUGUUCUGCUGUUGCUCCGCUAGCAAGCCCGUCCGUGCCUUCCCUAAACAGUAUGCUUCCUGGAAACAAGGGUGCUUUCUCUUUGAACCCCUGUACAUAGGCAACGACAACAUGGCCGAUGUCAACUUCAAGGUUCGAAUCCCUGGAGCUAUGGACGUGGCCCUUACAGUGGAGGGACAAUGGAUUCAUCUAGCCCAGACCGAACCGGCCAUUUGGGAAGGAAAUCUGAGUAUCGGCGAAUACAGAGGAAAGGAUGUCAAGCUGGCCUUGAACGCAAAUUUCGGAGGUGAUUCGUCGAAAUUCUCCACUCUCUUGGACUACAGGCUGUGAGGAAACAUCACUGGACAAUCGAUUAUUGGCUUUAUGCAAUCGGACUAAUUUGCUCAAGGCAUCUACGGGAUCAUAAAGCAUAUUCCUGUGACGGAAGGAAGCCAUUUGGAUUUCGUUUUGGUUACUGUUUGUAAGAUACAUCUCAUGGUGACAUGGUUUCGUCAUGAAUGAGAAUGGACAUGUGAGUCACUGUGACGCAAGUGAACGCUCAGUCAAGUUUCUAUGUUAUUGCUGCUCAAAAGCCCGUCAAAGGACGUAUAUAUAUGGAUUGAAAUGCACCUAACACAAUGCUCAAACAACGAAUGCUAUUACAAAUCUCGGAUUAUGCAAUACGGAUUUAUGUGCUCAUGAACUAUGUAUACAUGUGUUUAUGUGAAUACAUAAUUGGCGAACACAGCGUAUGUUUCGGUAGUUUAUUGUUGAGAUGUAGACUUUAUACUGGACUACUAGUUGAGUCAGAUGACUCACUGGAACGCAGGACGUGUCAUGGGGACUCAUUUUGACUCGUGUGAAGACGUAUAUUCAACAUUGUUCAAUUUGAGCUUUACUUAUGAUCCACCAGCCGUCCAAUCAGCUUCAGUUUGGUACGCCCACUAUGUCAGUACGCAUGCGCAGUGGACAUAUGUGACAACGUGUUGUGUGUUUUCUUUGUAUUGGCUCGUGUAUCUCCACGUUUUGCUGCGUUCUCUUGUAUUGCUAACGUGUUUGCUUCAAGCUUCAUGUUUAAUAAAUCGUCUUUUAUGUU